AUGGAGGCGGCGGCGGCCGUGCCGGGAAACCUCUCCGGCGGCGGCGGCGGCGGCAACGAGAGCGGUGCGGCGGCGACGGGGCCGGGCUGGUCGGCGGCGGCUCUGGCUUCGCAGGCGCUGGCUCUGCUGCUCAUCUUCGCCCUGUCGGCGCUGGGCAACGGCGCGGUGGUGCUGGUGAUCGCCCGACACCGGCAGCUCCGCACGGUCACCAACGCCUUCGUGCUGUCGCUGUCGCUGUCGGAGCUGCUGGGCGCGCUGCUCUGCCUGCCCCUCGCCUUCCUCAGCCUGCUGGGCCGCCCGCCCGGCGCGUGGCUCUUCGGCCAUCGCCUGUGCCUGGCCAGCGCCGCGCUGCACGCCGGGCUGGGCAUCGCCGCCACCCUCACCAUGGCCCUGCUCUCCUUCGACCGCUACUGCGCCAUCGUCCGCCAGCCCCGCCGCAAGAUGGGCCGCCGCCGCGCCGCGCAACUGCUGGCCGCCGUCUGGCUGGCGGCGCUGGGCCUGGCCGGGCCGUGGUACGGGCUGGCGGGCGAAGGGCGGCGGGAAGCCCGGCACGGAGCGUACCGCUGCGUCUACGUGCUGCCGUGGGGCUCGUCGCGGCUGGGCCCGCCUUACGGCGCGGCGCUCAUCGUGCUCUGCUACCUACUGCCCUUCGCCCUCAUGUGCUUCUGCCACUACAACAUCUGCCGGGCGGUGCGGCUGGCCGAGAGCCGCGUGAGGCCCCUGGCCACCUACGGGAACCUGCUGCGUGCCUACGGGGAGAUGCGCACGGCCACCACCGUCCUCAUCAUGAUCGUCUCCAUCAUCUGCUGCUGGGGGCCUUACUGCAUUCUGGGGCUGGCAGCCGCUGCCGGCCACCUGCCUUUCUCGCCCACCAUGGACGCGGUGGCCAGCGGAAUGGCCUGGGCCAACGGGGCCAUCAACCCGCUCAUCUACGCUGCCCGCAACCCCAACAUCUCCGUGCUGCUGCGACGCAGCCGCGAGGGCGGCUACAGGACUAGGAACAACGUGGCUGCCUACCUCUCGGCCACAGGCCGCCGGCCAGAGCCCCGCAAUCGGGCUGAGCGCGUGCGGGAGCGCUACGUCAACCGGCAUGGUGGGCCUCCGGGGAGCGCCCCGUCCUCAUCUGGUCCGGCGAAUGGAGGAGAGGUGGCCAUGUGGGCCUGCAAGAACCCGGCCGUGCUCUUCUGUCGGGAUGGGCAGCCUGACGCCGUCUCUGAGGCUGCAUUGCAGGGCAGAGUAGACGCCGUCAACACCAGCCUGUAAUGGCGUUGAGGGCUGGGAUAGUGGCAUCGGGCCCUGGGGCUGUCUCCAUGAGGAACCGGCAGUAGCCACGGAUCUCUUGGAAAUCAGGGAGAUGGGCCUGCACGAGCCAUAGUGUGAUUUCUUCUCCAUCAUGCAAGCUCUGAUUUGGCAGUCUGCUCUGCGAGCAGAGAGAGAUGCCAUGGAAAGGAUGCGCCCCUUUCAUCAGGCUUGGUGCAGUGGUGAUGGCCACUGAGCAUCAAGAGUUUGACCACAUGAGCGAUUGCUCCAGUCCUGCAGAAAGCGCCCAACUGGAGCUGCAGGGCAAACACACAAACAGCCUGAGACUGUGUGAGCUGUUUGCUAAGUGCCAAUGCAGCCACCAAGAGCUGAGCACUGGCAGCUGGAGCACGCUCAGAGAACACCACACUGUGAAAACUGCAUCACGGCAGGAAAAUGUUGCUUUAACCCAUUGUAUGUGGCAGUGCAGAAUGUCGUAGGGUAUGGGACAGGCUAGAGAGUGGUUUGUGAAAAUGAUUAUUUAAAUUUCAAGUGAAACAAAGCAGUGAUUGUUGUGACAGAUGCCUGCGGAGAAGGAAGAUGUGUGGCGCUGGGAGGGAGGAAAAAGAUGUCAGAAUUUCAGCAGCCUUUUAUUUAUGGGUACAGUCUGUAUAAAAUACUGUGAGUGUGGGAAACUGAGAGCUCUGCAGGCAGAGGAAAAGGAGUGGGUGUAGUGUAUUGUACUACAUGGGCACAAGGUGUACUCUGCGCUCGGCAGAUGUACCUCACAUCUCCAGUGAUUUAACUGUGCUUAGAAAAGCCAUGCAAGAGUGGUGAGUGUCUGAAAGGAAAGGCACAGCAGUGCCAUGUGUGCUUGCUGUGCUUAAGCAUGUGAAGAUGUGCACAUGCAGAGAACAGAUAGCGUUGUAUCUGUGGCAAGAAUCUGUUACUGAAUGUGAUAUUCAAAAACUAGCUCUGUUUGCUUGCCCCUGGAAAAAAUGAAGGUAACACCAGGAAAUGGAAGUGCUGUUGCAAAGUGCAAAUUCAUGAGUUUAUCUGUAUAUUUUUGCCCACAGGCUCAGAGUCCUAACGCCUUAAUCAGUAUUCAAACUCAGAGAUUGUCUUAAAUUAAAUGUGAGAGGCAGGCAGUAUUUUUCUUGUGCGGUCUUCAGAAAUGUAAUGCUACUGUUCUACGGCUUUUUCUCCUGGUUGUGACUCAAGUGAACGUACCGUCAUUAUUUUGCAGCGAGACAAGAAAUAAAUUAUCUUUUAUGCAGGAGA